GUACUGCAAGAAUUGUGAACAGUAUUUGAUGUGUCUUCGACCGCUUUUGGAAAAACACAACUUUGCACUUGUAUCUUUGAGCUCCAGCUGUCCUUCUCCUUUUCGUGAACUUCAGAAGUGAUUCGCGCUGCUAAUGGGUGCAAAGAGAUCAGUGAAUUGUGGUCUUUUGAUUUUGACAGCGAUUGUGGUUCUUGCUGUAAUUGUUGCUGUUGUAGUGAUCGUAAUGAAAAAGCAUAAGAAAGAAGGAACCAGCACGGAGGCAACUAAGUGCACCACAGCUGCGACUACGAUCAUGCGAAGUACUGCCGAAGUAACGGAAAAUAUACGAUGCCUCAUGGUGGGCGAUUUACUUAACUUUAAUGAUAACACAACUGCUUAUGACAAGGAAAAAGACUUUAUGAGCGAACUUGCUUAUGGCCUAUACCGAAAAACCCAAGUAUCAAAACUGGGUUUGUGGGUUUACGGAUAUACCACUUCCUUCACUAAUUUGAAUGAAUCACUAAAGAAUAUGAGAGGAUCACCGCUUGACUUUUUAUGGGAUCUCUACGCGCUAAAUUACAAGCAGGUCGAAAAGCCAACUUCUACAUUCGAAGCUAUAGAACAGCUCAACAAUCUGAUAGAUUUGGAGAACCGCAGCAAUUGCUUGAUAUUUCUAUCCGCAUCAACUAAUACAAGUGGACUACCCCUUCUCAGCCCAAAUUCAUCAUUGUCUUCGAUCGAAAAAAUUGUUGCCAUUGGCUACAACGACGUACACCUGAACAAGAUUGUUGUCCCUCCUCAAGGAACCGCUUUAGCUAUCCCGUACUCAUAUACCGAUGAGGAUCUAGAAAAGAUAUUGAAUAUGUUUCCAGCCAGCAUAACUACGACCUCACCAGUCAAAUCCACUGCAAAGUUGCUGAAUGCUACAACUCCAGAAACUAAAACAAGUACCACGCCGUCAGCGACGACUUUGGUCAGCAAUCGAACCACAGUCUCUACUUCUAAUAAUACGGAAAUACCAACGACUAAAGUUCCGUUCUUGUCAUUUUCUAAUGGUCUUGGCUACGUUUUUCUGCUAUUGUUGUGGACUAUCGCUCAACGCUUUGGCUUAGUAGCGUCGGACGGACAUAACAGGCCAAGAAAAGGUGAAGUUCACUGUCUAUUUGUAGGAGACCUCAUGCAUUUUGGUGACGACAAGGACGAGUAUGAAAGGGAAAAGCACUUCAUUUUUGAGACCAGCAAAGAAUUAUUUGAUACAACGAGAAACGCCACUGCAGCAAUGUGGGUCUUCGGGUACACUGAUGGACCCAGAGGGCUAAAGGACAUUCUAGCGAAUAUGCGCACGAACUUCAAAGACUUUGAAAGGGAUUUAAAUGAGAGGAUGAUUCAUAAAAAUGUGAAAGUUUUUGGAAUUAAUGAGGCGAUAGGAAAUUUGAACCAAGCUAGUGAUAAGAACAGGAAUGCAAACUGCGUGGUUUUCUUCACAGCUUUGACAGUGACCUCUGGCGUUAAAACAUUAGACCCAAAGGGAAACAAUGAUUUCAAGAGGGUUGUGGUCGUUAGCUUGGAAGGCGUAAAUCUCGACAAGCUAGUAGUACCGCCAAGAGGAGAAGCUGUUAGUAUUACUAGCGAUUACACCAAGGAAGACGUCGCUAAAGUGAUAAAAGCAGUCCUCUCCUUUUUCUAAUCUUCUCGAUUCCCCGCCACUUUUGUU